GCGCCGGUGAGAUUGGCUGUGGGCCAUGCCGGGCGCAGCACGGGGCCGGGGUCUCUGCCCUCCCGCCGGGGAGCUGAUGGGGACGCUGGUCUGGCUCUCGCUCUGGGUGCCGGCGGUGCUGGCUGAGGGGCGCUGGUGCGAGAGGACGGAGCAGGUGACGGAGGAGGAGGUGGUGAGCCCCCGGCGCGAGCAGGCGGUGCCCUGCGCGGACGUGCACCACUACCACCUGGCCGGCUGGCGCAUCGACCAGCACAGGAUGCACCAGGCCUACGGCGGGGACCAGGCCAUUGCCCACUUCUAUGCCCAGGCCGGGCCCACCGCCUCCCUGUGCUACAUCUACAAGCCCCCAGACACGAGGCCCGUGGUGUGGAACCGCACAGUGCGAGCCUGCUGCCAGGGCUGGAGCGGGCCCCACUGCACCCAGGGCGAGGGCUUCCUGGGGCUCUGCUUCUCCACGUGGCAGUGCCAGGCCGGCCUGGGCACCUGGAACCUGUCCCUGCUGAGCAUGGCCGAGUGCUGCGGGCGCCCCUGGGGCCGCAGCUGGAAGAACACCUCCUCCGAGCUCUGCCUCGGCUGCUCCGCCCUGCCCCUGCCAGGGGACCUGCCGGCCCCCUUCCUCCUCCGGCCCUUGCCCCCCACGGCCCUGCUGGGCCUGCCCAGGCCUCGCCACCGCCUCUUCGCCACCUGCGUCACCUGGGCCGGCUUCCACUACCGCAGCUUUGAUGGGAAACAUUUCCACUUCCACGGGGACUGCACCUACAGCCUAGCCGCUGCCUCCGACGGCACCUGGGCCGUGGACAUCUCCCCGGCUCCCCCGCAGGCGCUGCGCAUGCUCUUUGGGCUGGACCUGGUGGUGGCUCAGGGCCGAAACGUCUCCGUGAACGGGGCUGUGAUGCCGGAGGGGGAGCCGCUCCUGCAGGACGGGAUCAGCGUCCGGUGGCUCGGUGACUUCGUCUUCGUGGAGAGCGGCCUGGGCGUGCGGGUCAAGUCUGACGGGCGCGAGACGGUGUAUGUGACGGUCAGCGGGGAGCUGCGGGGGGCCACGCGCGGGCUCUGCGGGCGGUACAACGACGAUCCUGCUGAUGACUUCCUGCGUGUAGGAGGGGAUGUGGCCACGCUCGCUGCCAGCUUCGGGAAUUCCUGGAGGGUCCCGGAUGCCAGCCCAGAGCUCCCGUGCCAGGACGCGGCGGAGGCGGGACACAGCUGCGACGUCGCGGAGGCCGGUGCCCUGAGGCAGGAGGCCGAGGCCAUGUGCCGGAAGCUGCUGGCCAGCCCCUUCAGCCAGUGCCACUCCGAGGUGGACCCGGGCGGAUUCUACGACGCCUGCAUGUACGCGUCCUGCCAGCAGGGAGGCACGGGAGCCGGGCGGCAGGAGGCCGUGUGCGCCACCUUCGCCAGCUACGCCCGCGACUGCGCCCAGCAGCACGUCUACGUCGACUGGCGGAGGCCCGGGUUCUGCGAGAAGCAGUGCGGCCAGGGGAAGCAGUACUCGGACUGCGUGUCCUCAUGCCCGGCCAGCUGUGCCGCCGUGGGUACCGGCGAGGAGGGGCACUGCCGGGACGAGUGCGUGAGUGGCUGCGAGUGCCCGCCGGGCCUCUACCUGGAGGGGGGGGCCUGCGUCCCUGAGAGCGACUGCCCCUGCUACCACCGUCGCCAGAAGUACAGCCCAGGGCAGAGCAUCCAGCAGCGGUGCAACCAGUGCACGUGCCAGGGUGGGCGCUGGCGCUGCUCGCAGGACAAGUGCUCAGCCGAGUGUGCCCUGAUCGGGGACCCGCACUAUGUGACCUUCGACCAGAAGCGCUACUCCUUCCACGGCGUCUGCGAGUACAUCCUGGUGCAGGACUUUGUGGACUGGAAGCUGCUGAUCACGGCGGAGAAGGUGGCGUGUGGGAGCAGAGGGGCCGUGAGCUGCCUCCGGGCCCUGACGGUGACGGCGCACAGGACCUCCGCCCGGCUCCGCACCACAGGGGACGUGGCCGUGAACGGGCAGGAGGUGGCCCUGCCCUUUGCCAGCGCUGACCUGAGCAUCCGACGGGCCUCGUCCUCCUUCCUGCUGCUCCAGGCCUUCGGGGCCCACGUGCUUUGGGGGCUGGAGCUCCCUGCCGCCUACAUCACCCUGCAGCCCGGCUUCGCCGGCAAGGUGCGAGGCCUGUGCGGCACCUACAACUGGAACCAGCAGGACGAGUUCACCACCCCCGCCGGGGACGUGGAGUCCAGCAUCGCCGCCUUCGCCAGCAAGUUGCGGGCGUCGAGCGAGUGCCCCGCGCUCGGCUCCUUCGCCUUCGACCCCUGCGGCACCUACGCCCAGCACAGGGAGUUCGCCGAGGCCGCCUGCGCCGUCCUGCACGGCUCGGCCUUCCAGCCCUGCCACGACCUGGUGGAGCGGGAGCCCUACUACCAGCUGUGCCUCUACGACGUGUGCGGCUGCUCGGCCGGCGGGGACUGUGUGUGCAGCGCCCUGGCCGCCUACGCCAGGCAGUGUGCCCAGGAGGGGGCGCCGGUGCCCUGGAGGAACCAGACCUUCUGCGCGGUGCCGUGCAGCGGGGGGCAGGUCUACCAGGAGUGCAGCGCCCCCUGCAGGAAGAGCUGUGCCGACCUGCGCCUGGGGGAGGGCAGCUCGUGCCAGGCCCUGGCCGUGUGCGUGGCCGGCUGUAACUGCCCCGAGGGGCUGGUGCUGGACGACAGCGGGCAGUGCGUCCCGCCGGGCACGUGCCGCUGCGAGCACGGGGGUGAGACCUACCCGCCCGGCAGCAAGAUCCACAGGAGCUGCAAUGCCUGCGUCUGCGUGGACGGGCUCUGGAACUGCACCGACGACAGCUGCCCCGAAGCCGCCUUCUGCCCCGGGGAGCUGGUCUACACCCACGGGUCCUGCCUGCGCACCUGCGCCACUGCCGAGGGCAACCUGAGCUGCCCGGGCCUCUCCGACGGCUGCGUGUGCCCGCCAGGCACCGUCUUCCUCAACGAGCGCUGCGUCUCCCCGGACGAGUGUCCCUGCCCCCAUAACGGCAGGCUGUACCAGCCCAACGACACCAUCGCCAAGGACUGCAACACCUGCGUCUGCCGGAGCCGUCGCUGGCAGUGCAGCAGCCACCACUGCGCGGGGACCUGCGUGGCCACAGGAGACCCGCACUACAUCACCUUCGACGGGCGGGCCUUCUCCUUCCUGGGGGACUGCGAGUACGUCCUGGCACGCGAGGGCAGCGGCCUCUUCACCGUCACCUCCGAGAACGUGCCCUGCGGCACCAGCGGCGUCACCUGCACCAAGUCGGUGGUGGUGGUGAUCGGGAACACCGUGGUGCACCUGCUGAGAGGAAAGGACGUGACAGUGAAUGGAGUCUCAGUGCGGCCCCCAAAGACCUACAGCGGGAAUGGCCUGAGCCUGGAGCGAGCCGGCGUCUUUCUCAUCCUCAUCUCCCAGCUGGGGCUGAGCGUGCUCUGGGACGGCGGCACCCGGGUGUAUGUGAAACUGGACCCCCAGUACCAGGGCCGUGUGGCGGGGCUGUGCGGGAAUUUCGAUGGGGACACGGAGAACGACUUCACCAGCCGACAGGGCGUCGUGGAGCCCACCUCCGACUUGUUCGGCAACUCCUGGCGCGUCAGCCUCCUGUGCCCCGAGGUCAACAAUGAGGACUUCGAGCACCCCUGCAUCGCGAACGCUCACCGUGGGACCUGGGCCCGGAAGCGCUGCAGCAUCAUCAUGCAGCAUCUCUUUGCCCCGUGCCACGAGGAGGUGCCCUGCCAGCAGUUCUACGACUGGUGUGUCUUCGAUGCCUGCGGGUGCGACUCCGGGGGGGACUGCGAGUGUCUGUGCACAGCCAUCGCGGCCUACGCCGAGCAGUGUAACCAGCGCGGGGUGUACGUCCGCUGGAGGAGCCAGGAGCUGUGCCCCAUGCAGUGCGACCACGGGCUGGAGUACGAAGCCUGCGGCCCCGCCUGCCCCCAGACCUGCAAGAACUUUGGCCUGGAGCCCGCCGAGCACUGUGACGCCAUCUCCUGCGUGGAGGGCUGCUUCUGCCCCGACGGGAGGGUCCUGCAUGAUGGCAGCUGCAUCGACCCUGCUGAGUGCCCAUGUUUCUGGGAGGGCAUCUCGUUCCCGGCGGGCGCUGUGGUGAAGCAGGAGUGCAAGAACUGCACGUGUGAGGCCGGGCUGUGGCAGUGCGAUGCGCCCGCAGAGCCCUGCCCGGCCCCGCCCCGCUGCCCCGAGGCGGAGUUCGCCUGCCGCACGGGCGGGCGCUGCGUGCCCAGCGCCUGGGUCUGUGACAAUGAGGACGACUGUGGGGACGGCUCGGACGAGUUCUGCGUGCCCAGCUGUGCCCCGCAGCAGUACCAGUGCGCCAGCGGGCAGUGCGUGGCCUGGGGGUACCGCUGCGACGGCACCGCCGACUGCCUGGACCACUCGGACGAGCGCGACUGCCCGGCGCCCGGCUGCGCCCAGCAGGAGUUCCGCUGCGCCAAUGGGCGCUGCAUCCCCCGGGCACACGUCUGCGACGGGGAGCUGGACUGCGGCUUCGCUGACGAAUCUGAUGAGGCUGGCUGCGGCCCCCCCUGUGGGGCCGGGGAGUUCGGCUGCGCGGCAGGGCGGUGCGUGCCCUAUCUGCAUCGCUGCGACGGGCACGACGACUGCGGGGACUUCAGUGACGAGCGGGAGUGCGUGUGCCCCCCCGGCGACUUCCAGUGCCCGGACGCGCUGUGCCUGCCGCCGGCCCUGGUGUGCGAUGGGAAGAGGGACUGCCCGGCUGGCACCGAUGAGGCCUUCUGCCCAGGCCGGGUGACCUGUGCCCCGGGGCAGCUGCCAUGCCCGGACGGUUCCUGUGUCAGCAGGACGCGGGUGUGCGACGGAGCCUGGGACUGCGGGGACGGCUCUGACGAGAGCCCAGCUCGGUGCCUGAUGGCGCGACCCAGUGCCCUGCCCGUCACCCUGCCCACGGCGCUGCCCGCGACUCGCCUGCCGCCGGCCAGCCGCACCGCCGCGUCCCCGUGCGGCCGCUACGAGUUCCACUGCGGCAGCGGGGAGUGCAGGCCGCGCGGCUGGGUGUGCGACGACGAGGCCGACUGCCUGGACGGCAGCGACGAGCUGGUGUGCAACCGGACCUGCGGCCUGGACCAGCACACGUGCGCCAUCACCGCCGAGUGCAUCCCCUACGGGCAGCUGUGCGACGGCAUCCCCCAGUGCCGGGACCAGUCCGACGAGAGCACCGACAACUGCGGAUCCACCGAGAUCCCGCCCUGCCCAGGGCUCUUCGUCUGCAACAACCGCAUGUGUGUGAACAUCUCCCGGGUGUGCGACGGCUCGCACGACUGCCCCCAGGGCGAGGACGAGCUGGCCUGCGAGCAGUACGUCCCGGCCGGCGAGAGGAACCAGACGGUGGGGCCCUGCGCCGAGUACUCGUGUGCUGAGGGCAGAUGCAUCCCCUUUAAGCAGGUGUGCAACGGGCUGGCGGACUGCGCUGACGGCAGCGAGGCCUCGGGCUGGCUGCCCUCGGACGAGCGGGACUGUGGGCUCUGGAGCCCCUGGGCCCCCUGGAGCCCCUGCAGCCGGUCCUGUGGGACGGGCCUGCAGAUCCGCAGGCGGGUCUGCACCAGACGGGCCAACGACGUCCUGCGCCACUGCCACGGCGAGGAGACGCAGGCCCAGCAGUGCUUCGCCCUGGCCUGCCCAGUGGAUGGCGCCUGGAGCGAGUGGGCGACGUGGGCGAACUGCACCCAGGACUGCCGCGGGGUGGUGGUGCGGCGCCGGGAGUGCAUCCCGCCCCGGAAUGGGGGCCGGCCCUGCUCCGAGCUGCCCGGAGCCUCGCCCAGCACGCUGGAGAUCAAGCCCUGCCAGCUGGAAGGCUGCCUCAACGCCACCGCCUGCCCCGCGGGCCUGGUGCGCAGGCCUUGUGCCCCGUGCCCCAUGGCCUGUGCCGACCUGGCCAGCAAGGGCAAGUGCAAGAGGGACAGGCCCUGCAGCCCAGGCUGCUGGUGCCCCGAGGGGCUGGUGCUGGACAGCGAGCAGCAGUGUGUGCGCCCCCGGGAGUGCCCGUGCCUGGUGGAGGGCGUGCGCCACUGGCCCGGGCAGCUGGUGAAGGUGAACUGCCGCAUCUGCGCCUGCCAGGACGGGCAGAUGAAGCGGUGCCGGCAGAACCCCGAGUGCACUGUCAACUGCGGCUGGUCGGCCUGGUCUCCCUGGGGCGAGUGCCUGGGCCCGUGCGGUGUGCAGAGCAUCCAGUGGUCCUUCCGCAGCCCCAACAACCCCAGCAAGCACGGCAACGGGCGCCAGUGCCGGGGCAUCUACCGCAAGGCGCGCAGGUGCCAGACAGAUCCAUGCGAGGAGUGCGAGCACCACGGCCGGUUGCACGCCAUUGGCGACCGCUGGCGAUCGGGGCAGUGCCAGGUGUGCCAAUGCCUGCCCAACCUGACAGUGCAGUGCUCCCAGUACUGCCCGUACAGCACCGUGGGGUGCCCCGAGGGGCGGGCGCUGGUGGAGGGCAGGGGUGAGGCCUGCUGCUACUGCGCUGAAGCGGGUGAGAACCGGACCAGCGCGCCUGCUGUCCCGCCGACCGGGCCCCCGGGCACCACCCUGGCCAGCCCAGCGGCCUCCACCAGCCCUCCGCUCAUCACCUUCCCGCUGCCCCCUCUCGGCGACCAGUGCUACGGCCCCCUGGGCCUGGCCUCCUUGCCCGCCAGCUGCUUCACAGCCUCCUCCCAGCAGCCGGAGAACCCUGCCCACGCCGGGCGCCUCAACCACGUGCUCCCGGGCUCGGACCUGCAGGGCUGGGGGCCCCGGGCAGAGGUGUACCACGAGCUGCUCUCCAAGCCGCCCUUCCUGCAGGUGGAUCUGCUGGAGCCCAGGAACCUCACGGGGGUGGUGGUGCAGGGGGCUGGUUCCUCCGACGCCUACGUUACCAGCUUCCACCUGCAGUUCAGCACGGACGGGCUGAGGUGGCACCAAUACCGGGAGCUGUUCCUGGGGAACGCCGACGACUCCACGCCGGUGGUGAGGACUUUCCAGCGCAUGGUCCGUGCCCGGCACGUCCGCAUCCUCCCCCACGACUUCCACCACGGGAUCUUCCUGCGCACGGAGCUGCUGGGCUGCGAGAGAGUGACCCCUGGGGCACCGACCGCACCACCGGGCCGGAGGCCCUGCCGGACCGGGGAGUUCCAGUGCCGCAAUGGACGCUGUGUCCCCGCUGGGCCGCACGGCACCGUGUGCAACGGAGUCGAUGAUUGCGGAGACUUCUCGGACGAGCUGCGCUGCGGGACAGCCCCGUCCGUGGGGCCCUCCGCCCCCUGGCGCUGCCCCCUCUCCCACUUCCACUGCGCACUGUCUGACGGCUGCAUCGACGCCUCCCGGCGGUGUGACGGCGUCAGCGACUGUCCGGACGGCACCGACGAGGCCGGCUGCGGCGCCCUGCGCGGGAGCACGGUGCCACCUGCCGGCACAGCCAGCAGCUGGGCCCCCAGGCAGACCUCGUCACCCACCAAAGAGGUGUCUAACGGCACAGAGGACUGGCUGUUCCCUGGAGACGUCCUCCCCACCCCCUCAGGUCCCUGCAGCGAGCCGCUGGGCCUGGCCGACGGCAGGAUCCGCUACCAGCAGCUGAGCGCCUCCUCCCACCGGGACAGCAACCCCCCGGAUGCCGGGCGCCUCCACACGGUGCCCAACAUACCGAACAUCGAGCCGGGCUGGAGCCCCCUGGAGACCGACCGCAGCCCCUACUUCCAGGUGGACUUUCUGCGGCCCACCUUCGUCAGCGCGCUGGUCACGCAGGGCGGCCCGACGGCCGGGGGCUACAUCACCAGGUACCGCCUGCAGUACAGCCACGACGGCGUGCGCUACCGCAACUACACGGGGGCAGCGCCCGGUCGCUGGGCCGUGUGCAUGGCACAAGCUCUGCACCGUGCCCUCGUCUCCAGAGCCCAGCGUGCCGUGCUCGCCCGGUACCGCGGGCGCCCCGGUGCGGCCCACAAGCUCUGCACCGUGCCCUCGUCUCCGGAGCCCAGCGUGCCGUGCUCGCCCGGUACCGCGGGUGCCCCGGUGCGGCCCACGAGCUCUGCACCGUGCCCUCGUCUCCAGAGCCCAGCGUGCCGUGCUCGCCCGGUACCGCGGGCGCCCCGGUGCGGCCCACAAGCUCUGCACCGUGCCCUCGUCUCCGGAGCCCAGCGUGCCGUGCUCGCCCAGUACAUGGCGCCCGGUGCUGCCCACGAGCUCUGCACCGUGCCCUCGUCUCCAGAGCCCAGCGUGCCGUGCUCGCCCGGUACCGCGGGCGCCCCGGUGCGGCCCAUGAGCUCUGCACCGUGCCCUCGUCUCCAGAGCCCAGCGUGCCGUGCUCACCCGGUACCGCGGGCGCCCCGGUGCGGCCCACAAGCUCUGCACCGUGCCCUCGUCUCCGGAGCCCAGCGUGCCGUGCUCACCCGGUACCGCGGGUGCCCCGGUGCGGCCCACGAGCUCUACACCGUGCCCUCGUCUCCAGAGCCCAGCGUGCCGUGCUCACCCGGUACCGCGGGCGCCCCGGUGCGGCCCACGAGCUCUGCACCGUGCCCUCGUCUCCAGAGCCCAGCGUGCCGUGCUCACCCGGUACUGGAGGGCAACUUCGACAGCCACACGCCGGUGCAGCGGGAGCUGCGCCCCCUGAUCCUGGCCCGCUCCCUGCGGCUGGUGCCUGUGGAGUAUCACCGGAGCAUCCACCUGCGCAUGGAGGUGCUGGGCUGCCCCUGGAGUGCUGCUCCACUGGGGACCAGCCCCACCUCCGAGCAGCCCCUGCUCCCCACGGCGACUCUGGUCCCAGGAUCCAGGGUUCCCAGCACAGUCAAUGAGAGCAGCGAGGCCAAACCCACGGGCCAGCCAGUGAAGCCGCCGGGCACCACAGCAGCAGGGAAGGAGCCGGGCGCCACACGGACGCUGGGGACGACAGGGCCUGCUGGGGACACGCGCAGCCCCGGAGCAGCUGGCACCGAGGUGCCCCACCUGAGCACAGCUCGGCCGUGGUGGGGCACGGGGACGCCGGGCCUGGAGGAGGAAUCCAGGCGCUCCGGAGCUCCCGGCGUGGCAAGCCCAGAGCCCGGGCGCCCGGGGGAGACGCCCACCGCCUGGUCCCCAGGGACUCCUGGGCUCUUCUGGGCAGGGACAACCUCUCCGGGGACCCCCCGCCUGCUGGGCCCCACCCUGCCGGGCAUGGCAGCCGUGACUGUGUCGGCAGCAGGUCCCGGGCCUGGCCCCACGGGGCUGCCAGGGCUGCACACCGGCCCCUCCCAGCCUGGCAGGCCUGGGCUGGCCACCACUCUGGCUGGGCUGCCCUUCCCCCGGCUCCUCUGCACCCAGGGCCAGUUUGCCUGCGAGGUGCUGGGCUGCGUGGAGGCCGCCUUGGUGUGCGACGGGCAGGAGGACUGUCUGGACGGGUCGGACGAGUGGCACUGCGGAGGCCCCACCGCCUCGGCCGGCCCCACCGUCUCCCUGGCCUCCCCGACCGGGCGGCCCAGCGCCUGCUCUGCCAAGCAGUUCUCCUGCGGCAGCGGGGAGUGCCUGGCCCUGGAGAGGCGCUGCGACCUGCACCCCGACUGCCAGGACGGCUCUGACGAGAGCAGCUGUGUGGACUGCAUCCUGUCUCCCUGGAGCGGCUGGAGCGAGUGCAGCCGGUCGUGCGGGCUGGGCGUGACCUUCCGCCGGCGGGACCUGCUCCGGAACGCCCUGCCCGGGGGCCAGUGCGAACGCAAUGAGUUCGACAGCCGCUCCUGCUUCCUCCGGGCCUGCCCAGUGAAUGGCGCCUGGGCCCCCUGGGGCGAGUGGUCGGACUGCGACGCCGAGUGCCGGGGCGGAGUGCGGAGCCGCACGCGGAGCUGCGCCGACCCCCCGCCCAAGAACGGGGGCCAGCCCUGCCCCGGCGACGCCGUGCAGACAGAGCCCUGCAACCUGCAGCCCUGCGGGGAUGCCCGCGACUGCGGCCCCGAGAUGGUGCACGUGCAGGCUGGGGACUGCGAGAGGGGCCUGGUGGCACCGUGCCCCCAGUCGUGCCGGGAGCUGAACGCCGAGAGGAGCUGCCAGAGCCGCUGUGUGGAGGGGUGCCGGUGCCCCCCGGGGCUCUACCUGCAGGAGGGCGGCUGCGUGAACAUCAGCCAGUGCCACUGCGACUUCAGCCAGGAGCAGCGCCUCCCCGGGGAGAUGUUCCUGCACGACAACUGCAGCCAGUGCGUGUGCCUGGACGGGGUGGUGACGUGCGACGACCUGGCCUGCCCCGUUAACUGCGGCUGGUCGGCCUGGUCCCCAUGGACACCCUGCGACCGCAGCUGCGGAGUCGGCAUGCGGGAGAGAUUCAGAUCCCCCACCAACCCGGCACCUGCCAACGGCGGAGCCCCGUGCGAGGGGGACGCGCAGCAAGUCCGCGAGUGCCACACGGCCUGUGUCUCCGCUGAGCCCGCCGGCCCCUGGAGCGACUGGACGCCCUGGUCCCCCUGCUCCAAGACCUGCUUCUACGACGUGGACCGUGUCGGGGUGAGGAAGCGGUUCCGUCACUGCAACGACACCGGGGAGGGCGCUGGGCGAUGCCAGGGGGCGCCCGUGGAGGAGGAGCAGUGUGACACGCCACCCUGCCCCGUGGAAGGUGUCUGGACCCCCUGGACGGCCUGGUCCCGAUGCUCCGCUACCUGCGACUCCGGCGUCCAGACCCGCAGCCGCACCUGCUCCAACCCCGCCUACGGGGGGCCCGAGUGCACGGGGCCCCUCGUCCAGACUCGGGACUGCAACAGUCAGCCCUGCCGAGCGCUGUGCCCCGCGCCCAUGAUCUACCAGACGGCUGAGGAGUGCCGGCGAGGGGGGGGCGCCUGCCCGCGGCUCUGCCUGGACCAGGGCGCCGGCGUGGAGUGCGCCACCCGCUGCUACCCGGGCUGCUACUGCCCCGACGGCCUCUUCCUGCAGGACGACGGCUGCGUGCCGCAGAGCCAGUGCCUGUGCUACCACCAGGGGGUGCUCUACCAGCCGGGCGACACCGCCCCCCGCGACGCCUGCAACAACUGCACCUGCGUGGCCGGGGAGAUGGUGUGCGGCACGGAGCCCUGCCCAGUGCACUGCGGCUGGAGCGGCUGGACCGAGUGGAGCUCCUGCAGCCGCAGCUGCAACGUGGGCACCCGGCGGCGCUACCGCUCUGGCUCCGAUCCGCCCGCCGCCUUUGGGGGGCGCGACUGCCAGGGCCCCGGCGUGGAGGUCGAGUUCUGCAGCCUGCAGCCCUGCAGGGGCUCCGGGGCAGAAUGGGGUCCCUGGUCGGAGUGCUCCGUGCCCUGCGGGGGCGGCUAUCAGAACCGCACACGGGGCAGCACCGUCCUGCACCGGAUCGAGUUCACCACCUGCAACCUCCAGCCCUGCGCCGGCGAGGUGCCCGGCGUCUGCCCGGAGGGGAAGCUCUGGCUGGAAUGUGCUGACGCACCGGCCUCCUGUGCGGAGCUGGGCACGGACCCCCCUGCUGACAGGCCCUGCCACGCUGGCUGUUACUGCCCCCCCAGCACCGUCCUGCUGAAUAACCGGUGCGUGCCGGCGGCGGAGUGCCCCUGCGCCGAGGGCGGAGUGCUCUACGCCCCGGGAGACGUGGUGCCCAAGGGCUGCGAGAACUGCUCCUGUGAGGCCGGCCGGAUCGCCAACUGCUCCCGGGUGGCCUGUGGGGACGUGAGCGGCGGCUGGUCGGACUGGACGCCCUGGAGCGAGUGUUCAGCCUCCUGCGGGUUCGGGCUCCAGAACCGGUACCGGUUCUGCACGGCCCCCCCUCCGGCGGGGACCGGACUGCCCUGCCUGGGGCCGGAGCGUGAGGAGCAGCCCUGCCACGUCCAGCCCUGCUCCACUCUGGACUGCGCGGCCGUGCAGGGCUCCAUGUACAGCCGCUGCGGCCCCUCGUGCCCCCGCUCCUGCGACGACAUCUCGCACUGCAUGUGGAGCUGCGAACCCGGCUGCUACUGCACCAGCGGCAGGGUGCUGAACGCCAACGGCUCGGCCUGCGUGGAGAGGCAGGACUGCACCUGCCUGGACCUGCUCACCCAGGAGAGGUACCUGCCGGGGGAGACCGUGGCCCACCGGGACGGCUGCAACAACUGCACCUGCACCGGGGGGGUGCUGCUCUGUACCAGCCUGCCCUGCCCUGUGGCUGGAGCCUGGUGUGACUGGUCUCCAUGGACCCCCUGCUCCCGGACCUGCGGCAGCGAGGUGGUGACGCGGUACCGCGCCUGCGCCUGCCCCACGCCUCAGCACGGGGGGGCCGAGUGUGCUGGAGCACAGGAGCGUCACGGGGACACCGGCACCCAGCUCCAGCACAAGGAGUGUCCCUCGGCUGCCUUCUGCCCCGUGGACGGUGGCUGGAGUUCCUGGGGGCCAUGGUCGGCCUGCGCCGCCUGCGCCGGGGAGUCGACACGGAGCCGGGAGUGCAGCAGCCCCCCUGCCCGCUUCGGGGGCGUGCCCUGUCCCGGAGAGGCCCGGCAGAGCCACGCCUGCCAUGAUGGAGACACCGUGUGUGAAGGCUGCGGCGGGGGGCAGGUGCCCUUUGCCUGUGGCAAGCCCUGCCCCCGCUCCUGCGAGGACCUGCAGGCGGACACGGCCUGCCUGGACAGCCCCCCGUGCCAGCCCUCGUGCGGCUGCCCCGCUGGCCGGCUCCUCCAGGACGGGGCCUGUGUGAGCCUGGCGCAGUGUCGCUGCAAGUACCACAACGGCUCCCUGGAGGCUCCGGAGCAGCAGCCCCUCUCGGCCUGGGCUGGCCCCGUGCCCUGGGAGUACGCGCAGCCUGGGCAGACCGUGUACGGGCCCUGCCAGAACUGCACCUGCGAGGAUGGGCACCUGCAGUGCCGCGCCGACCCUGCGUGCCGGCUGGACGGCGGCUGGGGGGCCUGGGGGCCGUGGUCGCCCUGCCCCCAGCGCUGCCAGGAGGGCACCCAGUUCCGCUUCCGAGAGUGCGAUAACCCGGCCCCCCAACACGGGGGCAGGGGCUGCAUCGGGGACAGCCAGCAGCAGCGAGCCUGCCACCAGGGCGAGCCGCCCUGCCAAGAGGAGGCGCCGUGGAGCGACUGGUCCCCGUGGGCCCCGUGCAGCGUGUCCUGUGGCGGGGGAGAGCAGAUCCGCACGCGCCAGUGUCGCCAGCCGGCCUGCCAGGGGCUGGCCGUGCAGAGCAAGACCUGCCACACCCAGGUCUGCCUCGAGGUGGGCUGCCCGGCGGGACGCCUGUACCGGGAGUGCCUGCAGGAGGAGGGCUGCCCCUACAGCUGUGCCCACCUCACCCGCCAGAUGGACUGCUUCUCCGAUGGCUGCGAGGAGGGCUGCCACUGCCCGGCGGGCACCUACCAGCACCACGGAGCCUGCGUCCAGGAGUGCCCCUGCCUGGUCACCGAGGAGACCCUGCAGGAGCUCCAGAACCAUUCGGCCAACGCCAGCGCCCUCCCGGCUGUCCUCACCGCCCAGGGCCGCUGGGUCUCCCUGGGCCAGGAGGUGCAGCCCCGCGACACCAUUCGCUCUGCCUGCAGCACCUGCACCUGCCACAACGGCCAGCUGAACUGCUCCUUCACCCGGUGCCCGCUGGACGGCGGCUUCGCUCCCUGGAGCCUGUGGACACCCUGCUCCGUGAGCUGCGGGGGGCUGGGGCACAUGACCAGGGCACGGGGCUGCACCAGCCCCCCUCCUGCCAACGGAGGGAAGGACUGCGUGGGCCCUCGGACUGACAUCAAGUACUGCCAGGCACCGGACUGCCCAGUGACGCCUGGUCCCACGAAGGAGCCUGUCCCCAGCGUGCCAGGCUCCGAGGAGGAUUUCAGCCUCUGGUCCCCCUGGAGUCCCUGCUCCAGAACCUGCACCGACCCCGAGUUCCCAGCCACAAAAACCCGGACCCGGCUCUGCGGGGGAGGCGCCAACUGCACCGGGGAGUCGUUCCAGGAGCGGGCGUGUAACCUGCCCCAGUGCACAGAUGCGCCCCCGUGCCUGGGUGAGGAGUGCGCCGGCAGGAACUGCACCUGGACCCCGUGGGCGCCGUGGAGCGAGUGUUCCCGCAGCUGCGGCGUGGGCCAGCAGCGACGUCUGCGCACCUACCACCCCCCCGGGGAGCGGGGGCUCUGGUGCCAGGGCAUCCUGACCGCAAACACCGAGCGGCGCUUCUGCAACCUGCAGGCCUGCAAAGUGCCCGGAGCCUGGUCCAAGUGGAGCCCGUGGUCGUGGUGCGACCGCACCUGCGGGGGGGGCCGCUCCGUGCGCGCUCGCACCUGCACCAGCCCCCCACCUAAGAACGGAGGGGCCCGCUGCCCCGGGGAGAAGUACCAGGGGCGCGUCUGCAACCCCCGGCCCUGCGAGGAGGGAUGCCCGCCUGCCAUGGCCAUGGUGGACUGCGCCAACAGAUGCCCGCGCCAUUGCUGGGACCUGCAGGAGGGCAUCACGUGCCAGGACGGGGAGGCCUGCGAGCCCGGCUGCCGCUGCCCGGACGGGACCCUGGAGCAGGACGGCGCCUGCGUCUCCCCGCAGCACUGCGAGUGCACCGACGCCCAGGGGCACAGCUGGGUGCCAGGCAGCCUGCGCCACGACGGCUGCAACAACUGCACGUGCUCCGAGGGGCGGCUGCUCUGCACCCGCCGCACCUGCCCCCCCAGCCAGUGCGAGUGGAGCCACUGGUCCCGCUGGUCCCCGUGCAGCGUCUCCUGUGGGGACGGGCUGCAAACCCGGUUCAGGACGGCCACGUCGGGCUCCUGGGCCAGGGAGUGCCGGAAGGAGCAGCUGCAGACCCGGCCCUGCCCGCAGGGGCCCUGCCCGCCCCUCUGCCUGCACCAGGGCUGGGAGCGACGCCUGGGGGACACCUGGCUGCUGGGCGAGUGCCAGCAAUGUAUCUGCACCCCGGAGGGCAUCUACUGCCAGGACAUCGCGUGUGCGGCGGCCGAGCGAUGUGACUGGUCGGCCUGGAGCCCCUGCUCACGCUCCUGUGGCACCGGCCUGGCCACGCGGACGGGGACGUGCGCCUGCCCCCGCCCCGAGGGGCCCAGCCCCCCCUGCAAUGACAGCGCCCGCCAGGAGGUGGAGCCCUGCUACCUGCGGCCCUGCGAAGGCGACUGCUCCUGGGGCCCCUGGACGCCGUGGACCCCGUGCUCGUGCAGCUUCCUGGUGCAGCAGCGCUACCGGAACCAGCUGGGCCCGGGCCCCCAGGGGGCGCUGUGCGUGGGGCUGGACGGCGAGUUCCGCACCUGCGACGCCUCCCAGUGCUCGGAAGCCAGCUGUGAGCCUCCCUUCGAGUUCCGGGAGUGCGGGGUCCCCUGCGCCAGCCUGUGCUCCACGCUGCCGCGCCAGGAGCUGUGCACAGCCAUCCCCCCGUGCCUGCCCGGCUGCUACUGCCCGCAGGGCCUGGUGGAGCAGAGGGGAGCCUGCGUGCCCCCCGCGCACUGCGGCUGCCUCCACCUCCGCCCGGGCCAAGGGCCCGUCUACCUGGCGGCCGGGGACACCGUGCUCGUGGCCUGCAAAGAGUGCGUGUGCCAGGAGGGGGCGCUGCAGUGCAGCAGCGAGAGCUGCCAGGGCCUGCUGCCCCUGAGCGAGUGGUCGGCCUGGACGCCCUGCACCUCCUGCCUGCCCCUCUCGCCAGACGUCGCCCCCCUGGCCUCGGUGCAGCACCGCUACCGGGUGUGCCUGGACCCCCAGACCGGCCUGCCCUGGGCCGGCGAGGCAGCGCUGUGCUCCGCCGAGCUGCAGCAGGAGCGGCUCUGCCCCGACCCCCACCUCUGUGAAGAUCUCUGCCUGUGGAGCGAGUGGAGCCCCUGGGGCCCGUGCCGGGAGCCCUGCAGCGGUGGCUUCCGGCUGCGCCGGCGCCACGUCCAGCCCCCGGCCGACGGCAGGCGGUGCUGGGGAGCCCGGGUCCAGUCGGAGAGCUGCAACACGGCCGCCUGCCCGGGGGAGGAGUGCGAGGAUCGGGGCAAGGAGCACGCCCCAGCCUGCGCCAACCGCUGCCCCCGCACCUGCGCCGACCUGUGGGAGCACGUGGAGUGUCUGCAGAGGGAGUGCAAGCCAGGCUGCCGGUGCCCUGAGGGGCAGCUGCUGCAGGACGGCGUGUGCGUGCCAGUCCUGGCCUGCCGCUGCGGGCUGCCCACUGCCAACGGCACGCGGGAGCUCUGGCCGGGACAGGCGGCCGAGCUGGACUGUCACAACUGCACGUGCGGGAACGGCACCUUCGCCUGCCCCGAUCUGGAGUGCCCCUUCUAUGGGCCCUGGUCCGAGUGGAGCCCCUGCUCCGUCACCUGUGGGGGAGGCAGCACGCUGCGGCACCGCCCCUGCCAGGAGAGCCCCGCCGGGGCCCCGUGCACCGCCGACGCCAUGGAGGAGAUCGCGGAGUGCAACCUGCAGUCCUGCCCGGCUGGCUGCCAGCUGAGCCCGUGGUCGGCGUGGAGCCCCUGCAGCGCCAGCUGUGGGGGGGGCGUGUCAGAGCGGAGCCGGAGCCUGCUGUCCCCAGGGGAGGGCCGGGGGGAGCACUGCCCUGCCCCCCUGCUGCUGCACCGCGCCUGCCACACCCACAACUGCACGCCAGAGUGCCCGGGCCCCCAGGUGUACAGCGACUGUGCCAACGCCUGUCCCCGCGCCUGCGCCGACCUGCGCCCCGGCACCGUGUGCCUGCGGGAGGAGUGCCAGCCCGGCUGUGCCUGCCCUCCCGGCCAGGUGCUGCAGGACGGGGCGUGCGUGCCCCCAGAUGAAUGCCGCUGUUCGCUGCUCCCUGCGCCCGCCGUGCCAUGGGCUUCCAACCUGUCGCAGGAGGAGCGGGCGAGAGAGUACCCGGCCGGCAGCACCAUCCACCACCAGUGCAACAGCUGUGUCUGUCGCAGAGGCACCUUCAGCUGCUCCCAGCAGGACUGCAACGUGGACUGCCUCUGGUCCGCGUGGGCAGCCUGGUCCGCGUGCUCAGUGACGUGUGGGCCGGGCGUGCGGAUCUCCCAGAGGCACCAGCUGCAGCAGCGCCUGUACGCCGGGGCUGAGUGCCUGGGCCCCCCGACGCGCCGGACGCCCUGCUCCCUGCCCGACUGCGCCUGUCCCACAGGGGAGCGUUGGCACGGCCCCAGCCUCACUGCGCCCUGCGAGCGAACCUGCCAGCAGAUCUACGAGGAGCCGCGACCCAACUGCAGUGUGGGGGCUGCGCCGGGCUGCGUGUGCGAGGCCGGGCGGUACCGGAACAGCAGCGGGGACUGUGUCACCGCCGCCCACUGCGAGUGUGAGCACGGGGGCCAGCUGCGCCCGCCCGGAGCCGAGUGGCAGGAGGCCUGUGAGAGCUGCCACUGCCUGAACGGGAGGGCCGUGUGCACGGCCGGCUGCCCCCCUCUCUUCUGCCUCGAGGGGGAAGUGAAGGUGCAGGAGCCCGGCAGCUGCUGCCCCGUGUGCCGGAGAGAAUCGUUCGAGGAGCCGUCGGCCGCCUGCCAGCGCUACACCGAGGUGCGGAACAUCACCAAGGGACGCUGCGCCCUGCCCGGCGUGGAGGUGAGCUACUGCAGCGGGCGCUGCGCCUCCCGCACCAACGUCAUCUCCGAGGAGCCGUACCUGCAGACGCUGUGUGACUGCUGCAGCUACCACCUGGACCCCGUCAGCCCCGUGCGCAUCCUGAGCCUGCUGUGCGAGGACGGGGAGGUGGAGCCGGUGGUGCUGCCCGUCAUCCACAGCUGUGACUGCAGCCCCUGCCAGGGGGGGGACUUUCCCGAGCGCUGAUGGCCCGUGGCCCAUGGCCCGUGGCCCGGGCGGGACUGGGUCUGUGCCGGCGGCUGAGGUGCGGCGAAGACAGCGAGAUGGCAGCGUGCGUCCCAGCUGCAGGUCCCCCAGUGCCCCCCACGCUGCCCCCCGGGCUUGUCCUGCUGUAGCUCAGUAAUAAAGUGAACAGAGCUGGGUCUGAA